UUUCCCACUUGGAGAAGUCAGCGAGCGAGUGUGGAGCGGCGCCUCCUUCUCCCCUCUGGUUGUCAAUCUGCAGUUGUUGCCUGCCAGCUCAGCUCCGUGCAAGACUUUCUUUCGCUCGCCUGAACUGGGGGAAAAGAUGGCAUCCCAGCUGUUGACUUUGAGGGUCUUGGGGUUCGCUGCACUGCUGACAUUCUUGGCUCUAACAGAAGUGUCAGGUGAUGGCAAAAAGCUUCACAAGCUCUUCAGAAAGAGAGACGUGGCAGCCGGGGCUCCUCCCGCUGCCUCCGUCGCCGUGCCGCCCUCCAAAGCUCGCGAGUUUCUGGCCACACUGAGCCGACGCAAGAGGAACAUUUGGGACCACAGCAGAGCGGAUGUGCAGCAAUGGAUUAUGCAGUUUAUGUACAUGGGCUUUGACGAGCAGAGGCUGGAGUCGGACUUGUCCUACUGGAUGGACCACGCACGCUCCAAUGACCACGGACGUCAGCAUCACUACGACGAGAACGCACCCAUCGGCCCGCGUGACCCAAACUCGUACCGACACGGCGCCGACGUCAACUAUGACUACUAUUAGCGACUAGCACGCGCACACCUUCCUGACAUGCGAACAAAACAAAACAAAGAUACACAUGCUUUUUCGACAGGCAAAGCAGCUCUCCUGCUUUCCUCGAGGCUCUGCUCACAAAUACAAUAAAAAUGUCAAAAUGACCUUGCUUUAAAAAAAAAUAUGUUACGUCACGUGAUUAAAGUCUAUAGCUUGUUCCGCUUAUCGUUUGCAUUGCCUCUGAUGUAAGGUCCUUUAAUUUGAAAUCCAAGGUUUUCUCCCCAUCGCUUCCUUUUUUUUGUUUGGAACACAAAAUGAGCCACACUUAAGGAAAAACAAACAUAGGGAAAAUAAACAUUCUGAGCAGAAGCUGUGGGUUUUUAUUUGGAAAAGUACAGAAAUCUGCCACUUAUUCAAAAAUACCAAAAACAAUUCAAUUAGGAUUUUCAUCACAUUACCUUUUCAGCAGAGAUAGUACGACCAGCUAAAGUGAAAGGGUUAAAACCAAACUAAAAAAAUCUUCCCCUCACAAUCGAUUUUAAUCCCCAUCACUUCCCAUCUGAAUCACUGGUAACUUGAAUAAGCAACACUGAAUUGAAAAGGGGAGAAUUUGCUUUUUGUUGUUUUUCUUUGCUAUAGACUGUAAACAUUUACCUCCUAAAACUGGCCACACCAAAAGGAACUAAAAGGAAAAGCAAUAGCACUAUUUACAAAAAAAAUGAUCACCUGAUUACUUCCUCAUCAACAGAUGCCUUAAACUGCAACACUUUAAAUAAGGAAAUAAAAUAUGCCGUCGGGUCUUUUACUUUCAAAUAAUUUCAAGAUCUCCUCCCACCAUUUCCCCUAUAAUGCAUUGCUGAUAUCCAAAAUAAGCCACACACAAAAAAAAACGUCUGUACUGGCCAGUGGCUGAAAGGCAAAAAAAAUAAAAAAUCUGAAGGGGGAUAAGAAUGGUUAUUUAAUUUCAUUUUCCAUGUUAUUGUUAUUGAGUGGAGUCUUGACUUUUAUUCUGCUUUACCAUGCUUAUUUUUUGUAGGGGGAAAAAAAAGCUGUGGCUUUUAACAAAAUGAAUUGAGGAUGAAAAAUAUUUUUUUUGUUUAAUUGGUCUUCAGACAACCAACGUGUUGUAUAUACUGUAAGUAUAGCAAUAUAAGGUCAGCAUUUCUAAAUGGCACAAUCUAUGAUAAAUCACGUGGAGACAAAAAUCUGAAGGCGCUCAUGCAUUCUGCAAUGUUGUCUUUAUGCACUUCGUAUAUGAAUAUGCAGCCAGUGAAAAGGCCUUAUAUAAAGACUGUGUAAAUUAAAAAAAAAAAAAAAAAAAAAAGUUCAGAGGUCAGUGACAUUAAAGAACAAGGUUGUGCCACAUGUUCUUGUACCACCAUGAGUUAAUGAAUAAAUAUUUUAUGAAAAUAACCAUC